UAAUGGUACAUUCUCCAUGGGGGAGUACAACAGAUUCUCAUGAAGGUGAGGUAACAAAUGCUCAAAGAGCAAGCAUGACUGAAGACCACAACAUUGACAUUCAUGAUCCUAGUGAUGAUGAGAUGCCUAAGACAGGGAAUCAAGGCCUUACUAGCUCUGUACUGAGGAUUUUGCGUGGACUUGGUUGGCUCAUAUUAAGAUGCCUCGUCCCAGAUAUAAAGCAAAUACAUGACAGGAAAUUGAUUCAUAAAGAAGCCAUUCAACUGCUAACCUGCAUAUUUAAGGAAAUCCGGACAUUGAGCAAGAAAGAACUUGAAAAGAUGGACAUUGAUAAAAUUUUGUAUGAUGCGAUUGAGCAUGGAAUCAUUGAGUUCGUUGAUGAAAUUUUCAAAAUUACGCCAGAAAUCAUAUAUAAAAAAGACAAAAGGGGCAGAACACUUUUUUCACAUGCAAUUGUGCUUCGCCAAGAGAAAAUUUAUAGCCUUAUAUACGCCUUGGGAACAAGAAAGAGCAUACUGGCACGUAGGCAUGAUUAUUUCCAAAACAAUUUCUUACAUCUAGCAGCCAAGCUGUCUCCAGAGUCUCAACUUGACAGGGUUUCUGGAGCAGCUCUUCAAAUGCAAAGGGAACUACAAUGGUUUCAGGAGGUUGAGAGUAUUGUACAACCAAAGAUGAAAGAAGAGAAGAAUGGUAGUAAUAAAACACCUUCCGCCCUCUUUUCUGAUGAGCAUAAGGUUUUGGCCAAGGAAGGAGAGAGAUGGAUGAAAAAUACAGCAGGAUCAAGUAUGAUUGUGGGAACUCUCAUUUCUGCAGUCAUGUUUACAACUGCCUUCACAGUUCCAGGCGGUAAUCAUAGUACAACAGGGCUCCCUGUCAUGCUAGAAACUCAACCAAAGGCAUUCUUGUUUUUUAUGGCAUCAAAUGCACUGUCGAUGUUCACUUCUUCAACAUCGAUUCUGAUGUUCUUGGGGAUUCUCACUGCACGUUAUGCAGAAGAAAAUUUUCUCAAGUCCUUACCCACAAAGUUAAUAUUUGGAAUCACAUGCUUGUUCAUCUCGAUAGUCACCAUGAUGGCGUCAUUUGGUACUGCUCUCUAUCUGAUGCUGAUCAAACAAGUAGCUUGGAUUGCCUAUCCAAUCAUUGUUUUCUCUGUUAUUCCAAUAGCUCUUUACUCAUUGCUGCAAUUCCCUCUUCUGGUUGAGAUGAUCAGUCGCACAUACGGAUAUGGCAUCUUUGACAAACCUAGAAAGAAACUCUUCAGUUUUCAUACCUGAGUUACUGCCAGCAUCUCUUCAUUCUGUUUUAUCAUGACAUUCUGUAUUCUGCUUGCGAUGGAUUGCUUUUCGAUAUUGUUUUACAAAUAAUCCUUAUCUGUGAUGUUUUGAGUAGAUUUCACAGGUAACAUUUAUUUGUUUUGACUCAUUUGUGUUGUCUCCAGCUGGUGCUGGAAUUCUACGAACUCCUUUGAUUCUGAGGAUUCCUUAAGCUAUCAAUAAAAGCAUACCUAUGGAUUGUUUUACCUAAA